AUGUUGAAAGUCGAGAAGAAGAAACACGUUGAAAACUCAGUUUUUGAGUCAACCAUUGAUCCCAAAGUGAACAUAUCCAUAUCUGAUCUGAAUAGUACUGGAAAAGGACAAGACGAAACAACAAUGACAACAAUGAGAACAACAAUAACAGCAAAAACAACAACAAUAGCAGCAGCAGCAGCAGCAGCAGCAGCAACAGCAGAGGCUUCUUCUUCGAAUCCAAAUGUUUUGCAUGAAGUGAUUUUGAAUAAGUUCAAUCGAACCACUACCGGCAGAGUGUACCAAAAAGAUCUAAAAGACAUCUAUGCCAUGUUGAUUAUUGAAUUGGACUUGAAGAAAGAUGCUACAGUUAAUAGGUGUAAUUUGCAACACGGGAUCUCCUCUUCCUUGUCUAAAGUGAAAUUUAUCAAGCUAUCAAAGAGCUUCCCUUAUUCGUUCUAUAUGAGCACUGCCAUUGAGAAAAUGAACCAACUUAGCUUGAAGAUUGAAUCCACCAAAACUGUUACUUUGAUUUCGUAUAGCUUUAAACCUGCACUUGCAGAGACUUUGAUUCGAGAGUUUUACAAAGCAAAAUUCUUGCAUUCCCCAGCAGAUCGGACUAGAGGGGAGCCAAAGAGUAGCGUAGCGCUUCAGCCAACUCCAAAGGGCUUAUCAAUAGUGCAAACAUUUUGUGUCAAACAAGGAUUACCAAAAUCAAGCAUGCCUGAAGUUCUUUUCCACAAUGAAUACAAUACCAUGCAACUAUUUGCAUUUGAACGAGACCAUAUUUCAGAUAAACUAGUUUACUCUGACAAUCUUGUUGAAUUAUUGUUUAGUGCGUUGUUGGGUCCCCUGCCAAAUUUUUGGUCGCCGACUAAUAAACCCGAUAAAAUUCGGGUCUCCAAAAAGAAACACAACGAUGAGGUAUUCGACUAUAACAUUGCCGAUUUUCAAUUUAGUGGCGACUAUUUACUGUUGAAGCAAGUCAAUACCAAUUUCAGCGUGUCUACUAUUGGCGAGGAAUGUGCAUUUAGCUUUCUGAAAUACCAAAAUACCUGUCAUGACCUUACUCAGAAUCCGUAUGACUCGGAGACCACUUCCAACAUACUUCAAAGUCCCUUUUACCAUCGAUAUUUUGAAAACCCCAAAUCUGAUGCACACAUGCAGUACUACAUAUCGUCUGUGGGUGUGCGUUUAUUGCGGGAAAAAACCGCCAGCCGCAACGGGAAUUUGCAAUAUUGUAUAAGCGGAAAAGCGAUAUACCAAUGGCUAAUGGAUUGCUCAGACGUUGUAUGUCCAAAGGAGGCAUUGGAGAUUUGCAGCUUAUUUUUGAAACAAAAUUUGAUGGCACCACUUGAAAGUGACGGUGGAAAGGAGGAGAACUACUUUCUGAGAAGCAAGUAUUUUAAAUUGACUACAUUUGGUCUUCAGGUUAGCCGAUGGGGGAAGCCUUCACAACAAGAACGGAUCUUGACCCCACAAUGCAUCCGCAACCGAGAUGGAUCCAAAAAGAUUAGUAAAUUCAAGAUUCCAUUAGCUGAAAUACUAAAAGACCCAGGGACAAAAUUGCAAUUUCGAAAACACUUGGAAAGAGAAUUCUGCUCAGAGAAUUUUGACGCUUAUUGUCAACUUGAGAUAUUUAACUCCAAAGUCUCAGCGUAUCUAAAUGCUAUCAGUUCUAAUAAGGUCUCUGAAAUUACUGCGGAGGAUGUGAAGCAAUCAAUAGCUACUCAGCAAAAGACAUGCAUGUCCAUGGCUUAUCAAAUCUUUAAUACUUUCAUAAGUACAGAAUCAUCUUCCGUGGUGAACAUAGAGUACAGACUAAGAAUGAAGAUUGUUAAUUUAUUGACCAGGCUUACCAUGGAACAACAACAAGAGAUUGACGGUAAUGAUGAUGAAUCGGUAAAGUACUUGACAACACCUACGGAUACUAUUACAAUGAGUGGUAUUACAUAUUCGCCGUCGUCAGAAACUAUCCACAGUGAUAAUGAUUUGACCGAAUCAGAGUUAAACCAGAAAAGUGAUCCUUCCAAAAUAUUGCGAGAAAUCAAUACUCUAUUUGAACAAGUCAAAAUACAUAUGUACAAGCUAAUGGAAGUUGACUCAUUACCAAAGUUUUUAAACAACUUUGGCUACUGGAAAUUGAGCUGUUGA